AUGGGUUGGCGCGAGAAGAAGCUCUUUGUUCUUUUGGCCAACUCGUGGCCUGACAGCCAAAGCAGGGAUCAGAAAAUAACAUCAGAUCCCACAGGAUGGUGGAUUAGCGAGAAACUCGACGGGGUUCGGGCUAUUUGGGACGGAAAAAGUUUGUGGUCACGAAACGGAAGACUAUGGGCGGCACCAUCAUGGUUCACAAAUUGUUCGUAUCUGAGAACUAAUGAAGUACUUCCUGUCAGUAUACCAUUAGACGGAGAGCUUUGGAUCGAUCGUGGCCUGUUUGAACUUACAUCGAGUAUAUGCCGCUCCAAAAUUUUUGAUACCCCCGGAUAUCCUAGCAAAGUGGUCGAAGAUCGAUGGAAGCGACUUGAAAAUCGAUUUCCCAUGGCACCAAUGCAUCAGGGCUCUCAUCUGAAGGUGUGUUUCCUUUUCUGA